AUGAACGUAGACGUAAAAGCUGACGAAACAGAUUGGUCGAAUCCGUUAGGGUUUGCGGGUACAGUGUCUAGGGAAGACACAGCCAUGGCUAUGGCUGACGAACCUGGUAGAGUUUCUUCAGGCGGAGCCGAAUCUCAGCAGGAACAAGACCAGCAACGGCAACAACAGCAACAGGAGCAGCAGCGUGAUCCGAGAGCUUCAGGUGCUUCGAUGAUGGCUGACGUGGCAGGUGGCGACGGUGGCGACGGAAGCGACGGCGAGGGUUCAGGAGGCGAGGAUGGUCACGCGGGAGUGAUGUUUCCGCGAGCCAACACCAACGCCAAGGGACAAUGGACCCCGGAGGAGGACGAGCUGCUGAGGAAACUGGUGGAGAAGGACGGAGCCCAGCGGUGGUCCGCCAUUGCUGCUCACCUCAAGGGGCGCGCGGGGAAGCAGUGCCGCGAGCGGUGGCACAACCACCUCAAGCACGGCAUCAAGAAGGACGCGUGGACGGAGGAGGAGGAGGCGAAGCUGGUAGAGGCGCAUAGGAAGCUGGGGAACCGGUGGGCGGAGAUUGCAAAGCUGCUGCCGGGGCGCACAGACAACAGCGUGAAGAACCACUGGAACUCCACCAUCCGCCGCAAGGAGGAAUCGUCUCGCAGCAAGGCAGUGCAGCGCCCCACGCUGCUCCUGAGGUACAUCCAGUCGCUCAAGACCCAGGGGGGGCUGGGGGGCGCAGCAGGCAGCACUGGCGGGGGGGGCAGUAUGGGCGGAGGCGGAGGUGGGAGCUCUAUUUCUGAUGGGGGGAGCUCGGGAGGGGAGGGAGACGGGCAGGAGCAGCAAGCAGGGGUGCAGCAGUCGGGGGGGACUGGGUUCACCACCGGUGCAGCAGCAGGGGGGAUGGGGGGGAUGAGGGGAGGGGGAAUGGGGGCGGGGGGAAUGGGGGCGGGGGGGAUGGGCGCGGGGGAGACGGGGUCAGGGGGGAUGGGGGCGGCUGGUUUCAUGCGCUCAUCGUCUCUUUCCAGGGCAGAGUCCCGAGCGCGCCAGUACAGCCGUGGAUCGUUUCUCGGCGCGCGAUCCGGGCCGUUGGAUGCGGGCCGGGGCGGCGAUCGACGGUCGGAGUUGGACCGGGCAGCAGCGGAGUUCCAGAAGGAGAUCGCCAGGGCGUUGCUGGCGCCUGGCAUGGGGGGGGCUGGUAUGGCGCAUGGUGUGGGGCAUGGCACGGGGCGGGCCUUAUCCAUGCCUUUAGGGUAUGCCAACACUGCAAAUGCCCAAGCCGCCGCUGCCGCCAAUGCUGCUGCUGCUGCCAAUUCCGCUGCUAACGCUGGUGCUGCUGGUGCUGCUGGUGCUGGUGCUGCUGGUGGUGCUGCUGGUGGUGCUCCUCCUGGUGGUCUGUCUCUCUCCUUCCCCACUCCCGCCAACCCCGCCCAGUCCUCCUCCUCUGCAGGCUCCCCCUCCAGUCAUCCCUUCUUUUCCCGCUCGCGCUUUGCUAAAAGUUCGUCCGUGCCGGGGAGAGUUUCUGCCUCUGGGUCGGAGGAUGGGGGCCGGGGGGGAUGGGGGCGGAGGGGAGGGGAUAUGGGCGCAGCAGGGGGAGCAGGGGGGCCAAGAGGAGCAGGGGGAGCAAGGGGGACUGCAGGGGGAGCAGUCGGGGCAGGAGGGGGGGCGGGAGCAGGAGGGGGGCCAGCAGAGGGAGCGGGGGCAGCUGAGCCCUGGCAACGCACAGUCCAUGCAGCAGCAGCAGCAACACCAGCAGCAGCAGCAGCAGCAGCAACACCAGCAGCAGCAGCAGCAGCAGCAGCAGCAGCAGCAGCAGCAGCAGCAGCAGCAGCAGCAGCAGCAGCAGCAGCAGCAGCAGCAGCAGCAGCAGCAGCAGCAGCAGCAGCAGCAGCAGCAGCAGCAGCAGCAGCAGCAGCAGCAGCAGCAGCAGCAGCAGCAGCAGCAGCAGCAGCAGCAGCAGCAGCAGCAGCAGCAGCAGCAGCAGCAGCAGCAGCAGCAGCAGCAGCAGCAGCAGCAGCAGCAGCAGCAGCAGCAGCAGCAGCAGCAGCAGCAGCAGCAGCAGCAGCAGCAGCAGCAGCAGCAGCAGCAGCAGCAGCAGCAGCAGCAGCAGCAGCAGCAGCAGCAGCAGCAGCAGCAGCAGCAGCAGCAGCAGCAGCAGCAGCAGCAGCAGCAGCAGCAGCAGCAGCAGCAGCAGCAGCAGCAGCAGCAGCAGCAGCAGCAGCAGCAGCAGCAGCAGCAGCAGCAGCAGCAGCAGCAGCAGCAGCAGCAGCAGCAGCAGCAGCAGCAGCAGCAGCAGCAGCAGCAGCAGCAGCAGCAGCAGCAGCAGCAGCAGCAGCAGCAGCAGCAGCAGCAGCAGCAGCAGCAGCAGCAGCAGCAGCAGCAGCAGCAGCAGCAGCAGCAGCAGCAGCAGCAGCAGCAGCAGCAGCAGCAGCAGCAGCAGCUACAGCAGAUGCAGCAGGCACUCGACCUGCAGCUUCAAAUCCUGAACAUGCAAUCGCAAGCCAUGCAAGCAUCCUCUCAGCCCCACACCACCCCCUCCUCUUCUGA